AUGUGUGGAUGGCUUUACUCGUCUCAGACGUUCACCGCAUCGAACCCCGGGCCAGCCAUCGUCUUAGCCCACGGCCUGGGUGGAACGAAAGAACUUAAGCUCGACGUAUAUGCCGACAGGUUCAAUCAGAUGGGAUACACAUAUGUCGUCUUCGACUAUCGUUGCAGCGGUGGAUCGGAGGGUCUGCCAAGAGGUCUGAUUGACUGGCAUCAGCAGCAAGAAGACUGGAAAUCUGCCAUCAAGUAUACGCGUCAGCUGGAGAAUGUCGAUCCAAACCAAGUCGGCCUUUUUGGAACAUCUUUCAGUGGGGGCCAUGUCAUCCAGCUGGCCGCUACUGAUAAAAAAAUCAAAGCAGUCAUCUCCCAAUGUCCCUUUACUUCUGGCUGGCAGAGUACUCUUUGUACAGGGAUUGCAGCCGCUCCGAGGCUGGUAGGGCUUGGUCUUUUGGACGUUCUUUUUGGCUCAGACGAAAAGCCAAUAACUGUACCACUGAUCGGGAAGCCAGGUGAGGCGGCUCUGAUGAAUGCUGCAGACGUGCUCAGUACCUUUCCAAAACUUAUCCCAGAAGGUCAUCCGUUUCAGGAAAGAGUCCCUGCCCGUCUGGCUUUAAAGAUUUCUCUCUUGAGACCUGGCUCUUACGCAUCUAAGGUUGAAUGUCCAAUCUUUUUUGGUAUAUGUAGUACAGACUCAGUUGCACCUGCAGGCACAACCUUGGCAUAUGCGAAAACAGCACCCAAAGGAGUGAUCAAGUGGUAUGACAUGGGUCAUUUUGAAAUCUACUAUGGUCAAUCAUUCGAGCAAGCUAUGCAAGACUAUAAGCAGUUUCUCCAAGACUCUUUGCCAAUUAAGGGUUAG